AUGGCGGAGGCUCCGGAAAUCGCGACCAUCGCCGCGGACGCCGCGGUCUUGAGCCCAGAUGCGAAAAAAGACCCCUUGUCGACGAAGAGCGGGAAGAGCUCGCAGAGCGGCGGCCGAGCGAGCCCCGCCCUGCCGCGGCCCCUCUCCGAGCCGGGAGAGCCGCGCCCGGCCUCGCCGGGCAUGUGCGAGGUCGAACGCCUGCGGCGCGACAACGACAGGCUCUACAGGAUGAACGACGAGCUCACGGCCCAGCUGCGGGAGGCGCGCGCGCAGAGAGGGUCCUCAGCGAGCCCGUCGGAGCACGAGGUCGACUGCGAUGACGAGUACAGCGACGGCGGCGGCCCGCCGUCGCCGCGGCCCUCCGCCGAUCCCCGGGUAAGAUUCGGGCCAGCCUCGUCAUCGAGGUCGAAUCGCAUGCCCGCGUUCGGCAUGAAGCAGAGCGUCGACACCGCGGGCACGUGCGUGUCCAUGGCUUCCAGGUCCAGCCUGAAGCCUGGGGUCGCCCCUUUAUCGGACGAGGAGCUGCAGCAGCUCGAAGGGUCCGACCUCCAGUUCCUCGUGAGCCAAGGGAUUAGCCGCGUUGUCAUGAGCGGAAGCGCCCUGACCAAGACGAGGCCAGUGCAGGCUGCCAUCUACCUCGCGGCGUUAGCGGGCGUGCUCUUCACCCUCAUGGCCAAGUCCACGCACCUCGGGGAGAGCGACUCCGAGAGCGACCUUCGCCGCCGCCUUGGCGGCGAUGCCCCGCCGCUGAUGACGUACAUAGCCUACGCCCUACUUUGCGCGGGGAUGCUCGCAAUGGCCAUUAAUGUCAUCAAGCAGCCGCUCAUCCUGGGCUACUUGCUUGGAGGCGUGGCGGUCGGCCCCCACGUUCUCAACAUCAUACACGACCACGAGGACAUCUCUACCUUGAGUUCAUUGGGCCUCAUCUUUCUACUGUUCAUGGUGGGCCUGGAACUGAACGUGCAAGAGCUGCUCAAGAUGGGCAAGGUGGUGCUGCUCACGGGUGCCCUCCAGUUCCCAAUCUGCGCCGGCCUCCACAUCUGCAUCUUCAUGGGCCUCGGGGCCGCUGGGAUCUCGUUCGGGAAGGGCGACAUGGCGACGACGUACGCCGGGAUUGUGUGCGGAAUCUCGUCCACGAUGAUCGUGGUGAAGGGAUUGUCCGUAAAGUGCGAUACAGACAGCGCUCCCGGCAGGCUGACCAUCGGCAUAUUGAUCUUCCAGGACAUCUGGGCCAUUGUCAUCCUUGCCAUACAACCUAGCUUGGACACGCCCGACAUCGUUAUCAUUUUGAAGACCUUCGGCAUGAUCGCAGUCCUGCUCGCCGUGGCGAUGCUCUACGCGAAGUUUGUGAUGCCCGCAGUCCUGUACUCUUCCUCCAGGAACGUCGAGCUCAUGCUUGUUCUUUCCCUUGCCUGGUGCUUCUUCGUGGGAUGCGUGGCCACCCUCCCGUUCGUCGGCCUCAGCUUCGAGCUGGCGUCCCUAAUCGCCGGGGUGGCCCUGGCUGCAUUCCCAUACAGCGCUGAGUUCAACGGCAAGAUCAAAUACAUCAGAGAUUUCUUCAUCACCCUCUUCUUCGUCGGCCUUGGCAUGCAGAUCCCGCCUCCCACGUUCGUCGCUGUUGGCACUGGCGUCUUGAUUGCCGCGGUGGUGCUGGUCUGCCGGUGGAUCGGCAUCUACUCCGUGGUUCGCCUUCUGGGGGGCCGCGGGAACCUCGCGGGGGUCGCCACGAUCAACCUCUCGCAGAUCAGCGAGUUCGCCCUCGUGAUUUGCAGCCUCGGGAUGCAGUUCGGGCACAUCCAGGACGACACGCUGACGAUCAUCAUCUGGACGUUCGCCGUCCUUGCCGUGGCGUCGUCUUAUUUCAUCGACAACAACAGGGCGAUCUGGAGCCGAAUCUCCGGCUGCGCGUCCCGCCUGCGGCACCGCCAGGGCGUUGGCGCCCCGACCCCUGACGAUCACGAAGACCACCACGAGCACGACAUCCUCCUCCUGGGCUUCCACAAGGUUGCCGCUGGGCUGCUGGCAGCGAUGCUCGCCAGCGACCCCCAGCUGAUCAGAAGGGUUCACGUGGUCGACUGCGACGAGGAGCUCCUGGCGUCGCUGAAGGCGCGGGGUGUCAAGGCCUCAUACGGCGACAUUUCCUCGGCAGACGUCUUAGAGCACGUCCACCACGGGGAGGCCAGACUCGUCAUCUCCACGAUAUCGGAUUCCCUGCUGCAGGACGUCACCAACAUGAAAAUUCUGAAGAUAGGGCAGCAGCUCUGGCCAGAAGCCCGGUGCAUCAUGACAGCGGAGACGACAAGGCAGGCGGACUCCCUAUACAAACACGGCGCCGCGUACGUGCUCCGGGUGGAGAAGCUGUGCGCUGAGCACCUUGAGCACCUGAUCAAGGAGCAUUGUUCCACUGCCGCGUCGUCGGAGCUCGACGAAGCCUUCGAGUCGUUCAGGCGCAAGGACGUCGCGUCAAGAAGGGGCUCCCUCUUCUGA